CCUCCACUAGAGUCACUUCAGAACUUAUUUUCAAUGCAUUCAGCAAAGGUAAUAUGUUAAUGCUUCUGAGUGGGGAUCAGUGAUGUAAAUGACCUCCGUCAUUGUGUGGGACAAAGGGCAGUGAUGGGUUUGACUAAAGGAGUGAUGAGGGAUGUGUAAACUGCUGGAAUGUGAUUAGAUUGCUCAUUGGAAUGUCAGUGUCACUGAGCUUUGUGUUGUGUAUUAUCAGAGCAGCCUUUGAAAGGCUGAAAUACAACAUCAAGGAUCAAGCUCGAAGAAAAUGAAAGAUGGAAUCGUGACUUAUAUCCAGAGCUGAGCACUUCAGGUCCACAUUUGCUCUCAGUGACGGUGUGAUCACACUACUGUGUGUGUGUGUUUGUGGGACCUGACUCCUUCGAUUCUUCAACAAACAAGAUGCAGAACAGGACUGAGAAGUUUGGAGCUCAGCUGCCUCUCUUUGUUGCAGCCAGCAGCUCUCAGCGAGGUCUGUUCAGAAAGAGCACCACCUACCUGGCUAAAAUCGCUGUUGUCCUCCAAGACGCUCCAGGCAAGAUGCUCACUUUUACUCAGCUGAUGGACAGACUGGCACCUUUAAUCUCAGAAGACAGAAAAUCUGUUGAGAACAACAUUAGAGUUUGUUUAUCGACCAACAAAUGUUUUGUCAAGAUCCCAGUGGUUCCAGAUUCUCUGGACAGUAAGAGAAACUACUGGAAACUGGACCCCAUUCAGAUCACAGCAAAGAUGGUGCGUCGUCACUUCAAAGGAAUCCUGCAUCUCUUCCCUGAGUUGGCCUCCAAGGUGGAAACGGAGAACAGGAGCAGAGCAUCAGAGCACUGCAGCUCAGCUCUGCACUCUCCUCAACCUGCAGCCUGCAGAGCUGUUCAGCUCAGAUGUGAGGUGAAGUUCAGCAGUCCCUUCUCCAUUGAAUCCCUCCUGAAGAGAGACAGUCCCUCUGCUCGGGCCUCCAGAGCUUCUCCUCUGUCCAGUGUGCCGCUCAGAGUGGGACAGCAGCCCCCCUCCACACACACACCCGGUGGGACAAAGAGGAGCUUCAGCUGCGACUCUGAGGAGCCUCUCCUCCUUCAAGCUUAUGCUGGAAGUUCCCCCAUCUGCUCAACAGAGGGCAACACACACCAUGGACUCACUGCGACAGGAGCUGCUCAGCCCAUCAAGAGAAUGCAUGUGUGUACUGAGUCCUCGCUCCCUGUCUACACACGAGUCAGUGCUGCUCCUUAUUUCACCAGCACACACAGCAAUUACAUCACUUACUCAGCAUUUACCCAUGAGGCUUUCCGUUUUCGUUUGUAAAAAAGCAUUUUUCCUACUUCUGAAUUGCACUUUUAUAUGUUAUGCAUUUUUGAGUAGACUGUACACAUCAAGAUUUUUCUUUUAAAAAAAGACACACUUUCAAAUCACACAAGGCCCAUAACUGGUCUCAUGUGUGUCUCUUUGUGUCAUUUAAUUAUGGCUGUAGGCAGACAGCUAAUGGUUAAAAUCUCCUGAAGCUCUACUGUGAUGAUCUGUGUGUUUUGUGGUUAGUGGAACAUUUUAGAAAGUUUUUCCAUUUGUUUCAUUUUGUGUUUGAGGUCAGCAUGUGACCACAAGAGGGCGGCAUGGUGUUUCAAAGUUUAGCUUAAAAUACAGCAAUGUCAACACA